AUUGCCACUGGAUUGACAAAUGCAAACAUUUUUCUAAAGAUGGAAAUUGAAGUCAUAGAGCCAAAGAGAGCUCCUCUAGAAUUUCCUGUGGAUGUAGAUGGAGCACCAGUGGAAGUUGUCGAAGUGGUUAAAGCAAUAAAAAAGGUUGCAGAAAAAGUUUUAUAUCAUUGGGAUGUCUUCCCAAUUGUUUUACCUCCCCCACUCACUGUGGUUACAAGUGAAAAUAAUGGCAACAAAAAAUCAAAACCUCUUAUAGUGCGAGACUUGUUUAUAGCUCCAACAUUUGAAGAACUAAAUCUUGUUUCCAUCAACCAAAAAGGAGAGCCUCAACCUCUAACUCAAAAACAAUUAUUACACAUCAGAGAAUCUGGGGAGUUUGAAGUUGAUAGCAUGAAUUUCCCUGGACAAGUUCACAAAUGGAAAUUAAGUCAGGUACUACAAAAAGGAACAAAAAAUGUUCAUGACACUCUGUUUCAGGACAUUGCUUUAUCAAUGCAUUUGUUAGUAAUAAUUGCUCGCAAUCGUCUACUUUCCAAGUUCUUCAGUGUUUCUCAGUCAAUGCGUGCCUUCCUCCGUGGGUUAGCUAUCCUGUUAGAUGUGUUCAUAGGUAUUCCUUCUCUGUCUGCCAAAAAUUUAGAUGUUCGAAUUCAAGAAGAAAGGAGUAAAUAUUUAGUUGCUGAACUGACUGUUAGGCCCAAUUUCGAAGAUGAUAUUGAUAGCUUGUGUCAAUUUGUUAAGCAUCAGAUUCGAAAGCAAACAAUGGAGAAAUACUGUUUUGAAAAUGAAAAAUCCCCCCCUGUCCCAUAUUUGUUCCAAACGCCUAAAGGACGUGAGAUUGAUUUGCGCCUAUUCAAUAAAGAAACUAUACGUAAAGCCCUUCCUGCUAUUGCAAAUAUUUUAGAAAAAGAAUCGAGAGGGUGGUUCUUACCAUUUAGAGAAAAAGUGAUAUCAGAAUUAAAAACCAAAAAGCUUUCUGAAGAUGAGCUUGAACGGGUAACAAAUAUUUUAGUUUUGGAUGAAUAUUUGAGAAGAGUUUUUGCAGCUAUUUUAACCCAUCCUCAAAUUCAGGAAUUAGGUUCUGGAAUUGGUUCACUUUUGGUGGAGCAAGCUCAGGCUGUUAUAUUGAUGCAUAGAGCUGUUGAAAACAUGCAUCGACGUCUUAAGCAAACUCUGUCACAGCUCAAAAGAUGUUUAGAAGAAUUGAAUCCCGUAUUGUCUCGUAUUCAGCCAUGGGUUCAAGAAAGACUUCAAGUAGCUGAGGAGGAAUUUAUUUUAGAUCAUCGUUGGGAUGCUCAUGAAGAAGCUCUGGCUCUUUGUAGGCAAAGUCACUUGGAGCAAACUUCUUAUUUCUUGCAAAGAGAUUUAACUUUCAUGCGAGAAAGGGAGCCUGUUCUUAAACAAGAAUUAAGUAGAGUUCGUAAUCCAAAUCGUUAUUUUCACUGGAGAACACAAAUAUGGUGUCCUCAUCAUUGGAAUGUACGAAAGGUAUUUCAAGGUGAAUCUGAAAUAGUUCCUACAGUUAUUAGUCGCACAUCAUCUUCUCUUGCUCAGCCACGCUCAGAUCCAAACCAGCCUGUAUAUUUAGUAGAAAAGCAGCGCAUGCAUACCACAACUACUAGAACUGCUUUCUGGAGGUGGAUAAACUACUGUUAUCGCACAUAUUCUUGGCUUUGUAAUGCCAUGUUUAUUUUUGGGGUUAUUAUUCCAUGGUGCAGUCCAGUGAGCCUUCGUGCUUUAUUUUGUAUUCGCCCAUUCAUACCAGAUUUAGAAGUAAAUCAGAUUGAUGGAACAUUAUAUCCAAGGAAAUCAUCUUUAACUCACACUUUAUGCUCAAGACUGUUAUUAUUGUGGAGGCAUAUAUCUAAGUCUAGAACAGAGUUUGAAUCUAGACCUGAUACUGGAUUUAUUGGGAAAGGAUUCAGCCGCCACUUGAAUCGUCUGUGGAAUUAUUUGGUUAAAGGUGCAUUGGGAACAUUACUAAUUGUUUUCUUCAUGCCAAUCAUUUGUUCAUUCUUGUCAUUCCUAUCAUUAUGCAUUGCUCUUUCUGCUCCGCUCUGGGUGCCUGCAGCAACUUUCAUUUUUCAUUUAGCCAUGGUGUUUUUAUAUGAUUUUGAUAGCCCUGGUCUUCCAAGAAACAAAGUAUGUAUAGUAAUGGAAGCUUUAUUGUGGCAUAUAUGUCUCCAAGGUGUUUUACAGCCUUUUUUAGCGGUUGUGGUGGCCUUCAUUAUUUGUCCUAUCACAUCUCUUGUGGUGUUUUUAUUUUCAAUUUUGCGGUGCAGCUCUAGAAUAUUGUGGGACAUUUCUAUAUUUCAUCUCAUUGUUAAAAGACGUGGUCGUGUGCCAUCAAGUGAUAGCUGGUUAGUGAAAAGAAUUUCUGGCCCUGGACUUUCAAAUGAACAUUUUUUUCAGAUCACUCCGGAACAAGCAUUGGCUGCUUUUGAGGCUAAAUUAGAAACUGAAGAACUAAAUGCUUUUAAAGAAGAAGUAGAAAGGAUAAUUUUACUUCCUCAGCAAAUAUAUAGGGAGUUUGUAUCUCAGUGUUUUCACCCAUUUUCUGCUACUUUGUGCAAAGAAGGUGUAUAUAAGGAUGUGGAGAAAGAAGCUCAAGACCUUUUGACAGUUUUAAGAGAUCAAGUUGAAAGGCGAAAAAAAGAACUCCAGACUGGUCUAAAUGUGAAUGUGAGAUCAAAAGUGAAAUUAACUGCAACUGAUCUUCAGCCUACUCUUCAUGUAGCUACUGUCAUUCUGCAGAGAUUUUUUCCUGUUCAUGUGUUGAAAAGACUUCAACUCAAAGAAGAUGAAUUCUGGGAUAAGAAAGGAUUAUCAUAUAGGGAUUGGUCUGGAUUUGCUGCUCAAUUACUAUCAGAAAUUUUCUCCAUUGAUUUUUUAACACCACUUGAAGAAAGUGACACAUGCUAUCAACUAGAAGCCCAUGGAGUGAGUCUUACAAGAUACACAGAAAUGCUCCAGUCUAUUGCACAUCAACCUCAGGUAGAUUUCACCCAUGUUAUACACAUACCAAAAGGUAAAGUUCAUGUUCAUUCUCCAUAUUUGGAUCUAAACACUUUCAACCCAAUAAACGCAGCUGCUAAUUCCAUUCAUAAGAAGGAACCUAAAAGGCAAAAGUUAUAUCCGUGGAAAGUAAAAUGCAUUAGUCAUUCAGAGAAGCUAUUUAUUCCUUUACCCUUGCCACAUCCUGUUCAGAUUUCUGUCAUUAUCUUCAAUAGAGAAAAUGAAGACCCAAUACCGAUAGAAACUGAUCUUUGUUUAGAAAUCUUAAAGGCUAUAGCAGAUGGUGCCAAAAGUUCAGCAGUAAUGAUGUAUGAAUAUGAAGACAGUCCUAUGGAUGGUCAGAGUUUGGCCACUACUGCAGAUGAUUAUCGUGCUGCAGCUUCGGAUAUGGAAACUAUGGCUUCCGAAGAUCGAUAUAGUCGAUCAAGUCUGAGUUGUAGUCAUAGUCAACAACUAAGUGCUGGGGACAGUAUCGCUGUCAAUUUGGCAUCAACUGAGGAUGUCACGUUAGAGCCAGAGGAUCAAAAAGUGACAUAUAGUCACAGUUCAUACAGUACAACAGUAUAA